AUGUCGCUUAGGAAAGUCAGCCUGAAGUUUCACGGUUCUCAGUUCCUUAUUCCGUAUGUGAAUGAGUGUAACAAUAUACCUUGCCGUAACAAUGGCGACUGUAUCAACUCGCUUGGUUCCUACAUUUGUGUGUGUACUAAUGGCUGGACCGGGCCGGACUGUUCCAUAGAUAUCAUGGAGUGCGCUACUGAUCCUUGCUUUAAUGGAGGUGUGUGUUUGGAACGCUCAGGGUCAUUCCACUGCAUCUGUCCCGCCGGUUGGGAGGGAAAUUUGUGUACUGACGAUGUGAACGAGUGUGACAGCGUGCCGUGUAACCACAAUGGGGGAUGUGUUAAUUCACCGGGAUCGUACAGUUGUGUGUGUACUAGUGGGUGGACUGGUCAAAACUGCUCAACAGAUGUGAAUGAGUGUAACAAUAUACCUUGCCGUAACAAUGGCGACUGUAUCAACUCGCUUGGUUCCUACAUUUGUGUGUGUACUAAUGGCUGGACCGGGCCGGACUGUUCCAUAGAUAUCAUGGAGUGCGCUACUGAUCCUUGCUUUAAUGGAGGUGUGUGUUUGGAACGCUCAGGGUCAUUCCACUGCAGCUGUCCCGCCGGUUGGGAGGGAAAUUUGUGUACUGACGAUGUGAACGAGUGUGACAGCGUGCCGUGUAACCACAAUGGGGGAUGUGUUAAUUCACCGGGAUCGUACAGUUGUGUGUGUACUAGUGGGUGGACUGGUCAAAACUGCUCAACAGAUGUGAAUGAGUGUAACAAUAUACCUUGCCGUAACAAUGGCGACUGUAUCAACUCGCUUGGUUCCUACAUUUGUGUGUGUACUAAUGGCUGGACCGGGCCGGACUGUUCCAUAGAUAUCAUGGAGUGCGCUACUGAUCCUUGCUUUAAUGGAGGUGUGUGUUUGGAACGCUCAGGGUCAUUCCACUGCAGCUGUCCCGCCGGUUGGGAGGGAAAUUUGUGUACUGACGAUGUGAACGAGUGUGACAGCGUGCCGUGUAACCACAAUGGGGGAUGUGUUAAUUCACCGGGAUCGUACAGUUGUGUGUGUACUAGUGGGUGGACUGGUCAAAACUGCUCAACAGAUGUGAAUGAGUGUAACAAUAUACCUUGCCGUAACAAUGGCGACUGUAUCAACUCGCUUGGUUCCUACAUUUGUGUGUGUACUAAUGGCUGGACCGGGCCGGACUGUUCCAUAGAUAUCAUGGAGUGCGCUACUGAUCCUUGCUUUAAUGGAGGUGUGUGUUUGGAACGCUCAGGGUCAUUCCACUGCAGCUGUCCCGCCGGUUGGGAGGGAAAUUUGUGUACUGACGAUGUGAACGAGUGUGACAGCGUGCCGUGUAACCACAAUGGGGGAUGUGUUAAUUCACCGGGAUCGUACAGUUGUGUGUGUACUAGUGGGUGGACUGGUCAAAACUGCUCAACAGAUGUGAACGAAUGCGAUAGUUUCCCGUGUGGUCCUGGAAGCUGUCAGAAUACUGACGGCUCAUUUACAUGUGACUGUCCAGUCGGACGAACCGGACCAACCUGUGGCCAGGUGUUGCGAACAACCUUCGUGUUUUACCUCCCAGUACUGAACAGGACUUUUACCGCUGAGUUGUCCAACGAAACAUCUCAGGGAUUCAUCUCGUUGUCAACGUCUUUCUGUAACGAGGUGAAAACAAUACUCCAGGGUAAUCAGCAACAGUUUCAACAUUUCUUUGACUGCAAAGUUGCUAACUACAGGAACAACCCUUUCAUAAUGAAUGUUGAACUCACUUUUGAUGGUAACGAGACUAUUUCGACGCUUCAAGCUGCACGGACUGAACUAUUGGACGACAAACCAUCGUUAUACUCGGGAAGGUUCGGAGUGACCAUAGGCGAUCUGGUUGUGGAAGUCCAGAACUAUAACGCCACGAGAAAAACCUGGCACGCUCACCUGGUCAACAUGGGGUUUACUCCAGACCUCCUGGAUCAAGAAUCAGCCAGCUACAGAACAGUGGACAGCAGCUUGUGUUCGGAUAUUAGUCACUUGAUGACGACCGCUUCGCCAUAUGCUCAGAAUUACAUCGGAUGUAUCGUAGAAAAUAUCCAAAAUGCCACCAAUAUAAGCAGUUCAUCAUUGGCAACUCUGGCGAUAUAUAUGGAAGGCGGAUUUAAUAUUGCAAGUCUGCAGGACAGUUUGUCGGAUUUUCUAUCUACCAAGCGCCCCCUAGUGAGGUUCGGAGACUACAUGGGGCAUAACCUGGGAGAAUAUAUUGUGUACUUCACUAACUAUGCUGGCUAUAUUGACGUCCCACUCACGUUACAAGUCCUGAACCAGAUGUGGACUAGUGACCUCGCUAAUCCUCAAUCUAAUGCUCACCGACAACUGGCUACACCGUUCUGUACAGCUGUUACAGCUCUCAUAUUAGCCAAUAGUACACUGGGCGAUAACUUCAAGGAGUGUAUGGAUGUCCAGUUUGGAGAAACGCCAUCGAUCGUGAAUGUAUCACUGAGAUUUGAUUCGGCCAACAUGACGUAUGAUGUGAGAAACAUGGAUUUCUACACGUAUAUUAAGGAAGGAACUCUACAGGAUGUGUUUUUCGACUACUACAGUCGGAUCCUGGGACCACUACUCGUAUUUCAUCCUUCAUGGGGCACGAUUGCCUUCAAUGCUGUCCUGAUUGAUACAGAAUUUGAAUUCUACGACAUCAACUACGUCCCUGGUCAUAGUGACCCGAAUUCCACUGUGUUCAGGGACUUUCAGCUACUGUUCUGUAAAGACAUUGACGCAUUUAUAUCAGCGACAACGGCGCUAAAGGACCGUUACUAUGGAUGUAUUAUACAACCAAUCAGCGAUACGUCGCCGCAUAAUUUUACCCUGAGGAUAGUCUUCAAUGGAACUGAUGACGUCACACAACAGGACAUUAUUACCGCCAUUAGUAACAGCGCUGGAACUAGUAGGUUCGGCGAUAAGGUGAUAUGGGAGAUCGGCAGAGAGCUAGUGUACCUGGCAGAGAACGCGAUGGGUCAGCCGGUCAACAUGUCCGACUACACCACACCAGCACCCCAGGGCAUUGUAUUCACGGAGUUUAUAGUGACGUUCCAAGCCCUAAAUCUGACGUACACGUCCGCCCUGGACGACAGAACGUCGGUAGAAUUUUCUUCGCUGGCUGUACCGCUAUUAAAUGAGCUGAACACUCUCUAUCAGGGCAAACAAGACAUGGAGGAUUACAUUUCCUCUAUUAUCCUACGCUUUCGAGAGAAUCCGGAUGAGGUUGAGGUGUCUAUGAUUUUCGAUGGACCUCAGAUUUCUACCUUGGAGACGAAGAUAUAUGAUGUGUUGCUAGAAUAUUCUAGACGUGCCUCCGGUAGCGGUCAGCCAGCCUUCAUGAUAGGCACCCUGUUGUUGGACCAGAUCAACGUCACUGUACGCCGGUCCACUACUACCAUGGCCAAUACUACUACAUCGCAAACAACUGUGUCGACUACUACAGCCACCACAACAACGUCCACCACCACCACUACUCCGGCUCCCACAACUCCGGGUGCCACCUGCUGUGCCAUGUGAGGAUGUGACUACGUUUGGUGAGGUACAACUUCCAUUUCCAAACCAUUGCCGUAAGUUCUACCUGUGUUUCGCGUCCACUCCUAUAUUAGGAGAGUGCCAAGUCGGAGAGGGAUUCGACCCUGUUACCAGGGCCUGUGCACCAGACUCGAGCUGUGUGGAUUGAUGUGCUUUGAGACAGCUCCAACAACUGUGUAUAACUUAAUUAUGAUAUCUGAAGACUAUUCCUGCAGAUUAUAUAAAAUAGACUUACUGAAUACAUGACGAAUAUAUAUAUAUAGAUAAAUAAUCAUCAAUGUUAUGUAUUUUGCGAUAUGGCGAUUUCAUGUAUUUAUUCCAUAAACCUAGUUUAGUUUAUAUUCCAUUUUACGUGAACACAGCUUACAUUUCAGGGGAUAAUCACGAUGUAUAACUCAUUGUUCUUUGGUGCCGACUAGAUCUAGUAGAUAUAUUGUGACGUCAUUUCAUUGUUAUUUAAAACAUCAAACCAAUUGUUAUUUUGUAAAUUGUUUUAUCUGUUGUUUAAAACAAUGAACCCUUUAAUAUUGCAUGACGUCGUUACUCUGUGUUGUUUAUAACAUGAAACUCUUUGAUAGUUUGUGACGUCAUUUCGCUGUAUAUAACAUUGAAUUCGUCGAUAUUUUGUGACAUAAUUUCACUGUUGUUUAUCAAGUUCAAGUUGAAGUUAUUUAUUUACCAAAAGCCCUAAGGCUUAUAGGUAUACAAGAUAUAUAACAUUAAACAUUAUAUGCAAUACAGAUGUGUACAGGAGAGUGUUACAUACAUGUACAUGAACGUUGUUCGAUAUAUGAUUAUCUACACUAAUCAAGUUUGUCUUUUGCUAGCCAAGUAUAGAUAUUUACUCUCUAACAUUAUUAACAGAUAAGAGUUGGAUUAAUUUAAAAAACAGAUGGUCUUUUGUAGUAAUAUUGUCUUAUAUAUUUUACCCUCAGAUCUAUAUAUAAUGGACAUAUCAAAAUAAAAUGAAACUCAUCCUCGAUGUCACCCAAAUCACAAUUGUAACAGGUUCUAUUUCUUCGAGUAAUAUUAUGUCUACCUUUUUCUAUAUUUAAUUUGUGUGAGGAUGUUCUAAACUUAGCAUAUAUAUAUAUAUAAAUGUCAUAUUCUUUCGAAGUUCGUCAUAUCUUGCUAUUAGUUUAACCUUUGUGUGUCGUUAUAGUAGAUAACGGAAACGUUAUUAAAUACCUAUCGAUAUCCUGUUCAAAUACAUUGUUAGAGUUUUUGUUGAACUUCGCUCGUCAAAUAAUCUUCACAUGACUAGCUCAGAAAUCCAUUUUUCAGGACGACCGGACAAAUGGGCAUCAUCACCAAAACAACAUAAUCAAUACCGAAUGUAUAUCCGAGUAGACGGACAUAGGAAUUGUACGCAGACAUGUCACUUCAAGAUUAUUAUGUCGAUAAAGUAGUUCUGGGAUGAUGUCUAAGCUAUUGAUUGAGCUUGAUACAUGUUUUCGUCUAUCUUGAUAAUCAAGGAAAAGAUAACACUUAUAACAAGCUGGUUUUCGAUAUUAAUUGGUGUUCACUUGUGUAUCAACCGAUCAAACCGAGGUUAGCAGGUGCUCCAUACUGGAUUAUCAUGCCAAGCUGUUGACCUUCAUAACCGAUAUGUAAUCUUCCUGUCGAUAACUGGUAAUCUAAUACUGAUAUACAAUGAAGUGGGAUUAAAAUGAAAUACUUAAUUUCCAUAAUUGUGUGAUAAUAAAUUCUUAAUAAUG